AUGAUAAAUUUGAUACGAAGUAAAUCGCCAGAUCGAUUAUCCCGAUCAAUAUCUACCAUUUCGUCCAUUGAUCAAUGUAUCGAGAAUUCGAGACAAGAAGUAAAUGAAGUGAAAGCGAAGAAGGAAUCCAAUUUGUUGAAUAUUUUACGGUUCGCACGUGAUGAAUGGCUUUUGUUAUUUUUUGGAUUACUUUUUGCGAUUCUAAAAGGAUUUAUAUUUCCUAUUUUUUCGAUUAUCUAUGGAGCUAUGUUUCAGGUAAAUCUUCGAGUGCAAAAACUUCAGGCGUUAACGAAAGCAACUGCUGAGCAACGGUUGCACGAAGCUUUAACGAAUGCCAUAAAUUUCAUAAUACUUGGCAUCAGUUGCGGAUUUGUGACAUUUUUAGCAAGCUAUCUGUUUGCUCUUCCCGGCGAAUUGCUUACCAAACGAUUACGCAUUACGCUAUUCACUAAUAUUAUCAGUCAGGAUGGCGAAUACUUUGAUUUAUUGGAACAUGUAUCGGGUAAUUUAAUUACAAGAUUAGCUACCGAUAUAUCAAAUAUUCGUGCUGCAAUUGAUCACAGACUUGCAGAUGUAUUUCAAACGAUAAUUUCCAUAAUAGUUAGUAUUGGUGUUGCAUUCUAUUAUGGUCCUAAAAUAGCACCAAUAGGUAUUUUAACAACCACAACACUGGUGCUUUUUCAAAUAAUCAUUACACAGUAUCUGAAGAAACGAUCAGAAAUGGAUGAAAUGCUAACUUAUGGAUCAUUUCAACUCGCCACAGAAGCAUUGAAGUAUCAUAAAACGGUCCAAUAUUUAACAUGUGAAAGGUAUUUCUGUGAUGAGUUUAAUCAACAAAUGCGAAAAUUACAUAGCACAAAAUUGUAUCGUGGCAUUAUUCAAGCUUUCGCUUUUGCACUUCAUUCAUGCUUUAAUUUUUUUAAUUUUGCUGCAGCAUACCGUUACGGUUUAUGGCUUAUAGAGAUUGGAAAUGCUAAUCCAUUUCAAGUAUUUCAGGUAAUUGAAACAUUGAAUGUGGCAUCAAUGAGCGUUUCAGCUAUCGGAGCUUAUUUUCCAGAAUAUAUACGGGCAUGUUUGAGUGCUAGUUUAAUCUUUAAAAUGCUUGCUGAAAAACCGAAAAUUAGCAGUUUAUCAGAAGGUGGAAAGAAAGAAGUACUACAAGGUAAUGUGAAACUUAAAGAUAUACGAUUUGCAUAUCCGGUAAAUCGAAAAUGUUUGGUACUAAAAGGACUCACAAUGGAAGCAUUGAAAGGUAAAACGAUAGCUUUGGUUGGUUCAAGUGGAUGCGGUAAAUCAACCGUUAUUCAACUAAUUGAGCGAUUUUACGAUCCAUUCAAUGGUACAAUUAUGGUAGUUGAUCGAUCUAUUAGAUCAUGGCCUGAUGGAUUGGGUUUGGAUUCGUUAUUUAGGUCUUGGACUAGAAUGUUUGUUCCAGACACUGUUGACUUUGAUAUAAUGAGAAACUGCAUGACCCCAGGGUCAGAUAGUGUCAUGUUGGGGAAGGAAGAAGCACAGAGGACAAAGGGUAUUGUUAAAUUACUUGUUAGCUACAUUGGUUCACACAAUGACAAAGAACAGUUAAAGGACAAGGGCGUUUAUAAGAUGUAUGACGAUAGCGAUGUACGACAUUUGAAUCUUUACAAUGUUCGAAAUCAAAUAGCUUUAGUAAGCCAAGAGCCAAUCCUGUUCAAUUAUUCAGUUCGUGAAAAUAUUGCUUAUGGCUUAAUUAAUGUUUGUCAAAGACAAAUUGAGGAAGCUGCAAAACAAGCUAAUGCUCAUAAUUUCAUAAUGGAAAUGAAGAAUGGUUAUGAUACAAUUGUUGGUGAAAGUGGUGGUCAAUUAUCCGGUGGUCAAAAACAAUGUAUUGCUAUUGCACGAGCUAUAAUUCGGAAUCCAGCAGUACUUUUGUUGGACGAAGCGACCAGUGCUUUAGAUGCUGAGAGCGAAAAAGUGGUGCAAGAAGCCUUAGAAAGAGCUUGUAAGGGUCGGACGUGCAUUAUCAUAGCACAUCGUUUAUCGAGCAUUCAGAAUUCGGAUCAAAUUCUGGUAAUGAACGAUGGCGCUAUAGUCGAAUUUGGUACUCAUCAAGAGUUAUUACAUCGAAAAGGUCUGUAUGCUAAUUUGAUUGAAAUGGAAAAUCUUCGAUAA